CGCUCGCGCUGCUCUCUCGUAGUGGCACGUUAUGUUUCUUGGUGCAACAAACCCAUCCAGUCACAGCUGAUUCUGCGGCUCUGAAUGAUUACUUUAAAAUAAUAUUUCCACUGCUUUACUAGUACCUGCUACUGUUCUGUAACGUCAAACACUUUAGCUGUGCAGUUUUAAAGGACCUAGGGCGGAUUAAUUCACGCUGGUCCAGGCUUUCUGACCAAUCGCCGCACUUAACGCAUCUGAGAAUAGUCACUCGGAGACCUGCUAAGCACUGACGGGCUCUCUGGCCUUCGGAGAGGUUUUACACUGAAGAGCUUUAUUUUCUUUCAGUUCAUAACUUCAUUCGUCCAGGGACAGCAGCCUUUGGAGGACAGAGCGUCACUUUAGCUAACUGCAGAGAUGAAUCGUUUUGGAGUGGUGUGCAUUUGCCUGGCUUUGGUGGCUUCAGUCAUGGCAAGACGAGGAGGAGGUGGUGGCUUUAAAGGGGGUUUCAGCUGGGGCAAAGGAGGUAGCUCAAGUAGUAAAGGAACCGGCACUAAAGGGUCAUCAUCAAGCGGAACACGCUCACAACCAGCAAAUUACCCUCGUCAACCUCAAGUGCCUAACCAAAAUCCACCACCAUAUCCUGGCACUGGUGGAGGGUACCCAGGCUCCUACCCAGGAAGAGGUGGUGUGGGAGGGUACCCCAACCAGGGAGGGUACCCCAGUCAGGGAAGAUACCCCAAUCAAGGAGGGUACCCCAAUCAGGGAGGGUACCCCAAUCAGGGAGGGUACCCCAAUCAAGGAGGCUACCCCAAUCAAGGAGGCUACCCUAAUCCAGGAGGAUAUCCUGGACAAGGACGCUAUCCAAGUCAAGGAGGUUAUCCAGGAGCAGGAUCAUAUCCAGGUGCAGGUUCAUACCCCAACAACUACCCAGGACGUGGGGGCAACCCUUAUCCUCAAGGAGGCUCUUACCCUGGUUACCCAGUACGAGGCGCAUCUUAUCCUGGUUACCCAGUACGAGGCGCAUCUUAUCCUGGUUCCGCUCCCAACCAGUAUGGUGGUGUGGCAGGUGCAGGAGGAUACCCUGAAGCAGCACAGUACCCCUACUGGAACCCUAAUAAUAAAAUUAUCAGCCCUCGUUAUGGUGGAAACUUUGGGCAUGGUGGUUAUGGAUAUGCUGGAGCUGGAGGCUCUCCUUUUGCUCAGUCUGUGCAUAAUAUGGGUAUGAGGCCCUCUAUACAGUCAAAGGGCUUUGGAAGGCAAGCAGUAAUGGCCGCUGGAGUUGGUGCUGUGGCAGGCAUGGCAUUAGGUUAUGGCCUGGGCAGUUUCCCGCGCCCACAUUUUGCAUUUCACAACCCACAGGAAGAAUAUUACUAUAACCACUACAUGUACAGACGUUACGGCACUAGACCCUCUGACAGUAACACGAACCCCAGCUCUCCAGGUGGUGGAGCAGGUGAUUCUGGAUCAAGCUCCACAAGCUCUGGAUCAAGCGCAGGAGUCAGCGAUGCUUACAGUAUCUUCCAGAAUCCUCCACCGCAGUCGUAUGACACAUACAUGGAUCACUGUAUGAAUAGAACAGACUUAGUGCGAGGGCAACAGGCUGGCAGAAGUAAGAGAGCUGUUGAAGAUACACAGCCACUGAGGGCAUCAGACAGUGUUCAAGGAGGUGAUCCAAACAUCACACAAGGGGAGAAACCAGCUGGAGCAGCAGAGGUUCAGGUGUCAGAUAGCAGUGCACAAAGUGAGAGCCCUGGAAUAGAGAGCAAAUCCGCUAACAGUACAGAUAGCCCUCUACCCGUUGCUGCAAAGCUUACUGGUGCUACCGAGCCACCACCUCAACCUCGUGAGGACAGGGAGGAAGAUGAUACUGUAAGCAUAAUGGAGAUCGGCUAUCCAGCGCUGAUUGAGCAACUGAAAGCACGACGCUGUAUUGAACUUUACAUGGCUUAUGCAGAGCAUCACGCUCAGAAGCAGAUCCAAGACCGCAGCAGUGGUGAUGAGUCUUUCAGAGGAGGUGGAGAGAAGCCUAGGCCCUUCAGCCAUAGGGUCAUACUAGUGCUGAGCAGCACCAUAUCCCUGAUCAUCAGCUCAAUGCUAUUGCACUAAUCAUACAAUUUUUAGAGAACCUCUAGAGCAGCCUUUUCCGUUAUGUUGAUACAAGUUAAAUUAACUUUAGAAAAACAUAAUCUGUUCUCUAAGGAAUAGAUGAUCAGUUGAAAAGUGAUGACACCAAGUCACCUGGAGAUGUGGAGUCCCAGUUUUGUUAACUUUAUAACUAAUAAGGGAAUUGGGUUAUUAAAACCAUAUUUAUAUAUACAUAUUGCUAGCCACCUGAAUCCAUUGCUGUUCUACGUAAGUGAUACUGGUUAAAUGCAUGGGACAGGGCACUGCCCCCAUGCCUUUAUAAUGACUGCUGAAACGUCUUGAUAUUUGUCCAUUAUUAGAGCUGAACGCCCCAGUAAAGCAUAUGUUGAAAUUUUGUCACUGCCAUGUCAUCAUGAUUGUCAUCAUCAUUACUCACUGCAUGAGAUUGUAUGAAGGCUGCUGUCAACCCCAACCGAGCCCAUCUGCAUGAUGUCUUGAUUUUUGCAAACACAAAACAUAUGGCUUUGUGAUCUAUUUAUAUAAAUAAUGCUUACAAAAAUAGAUCACAAGAUUCAUACAAUUAUUAUUGUUACUUUAUGAACUCUUGGGCUUCUACUGAAAUAUUUAUUUUUGAUUAAUGUUUGAAAUAGUUUUACACUUUUCACUUUGAUUUGUUUGUUUAUUAUUUAUGCUGCUUAUAGUUCAGUUAUAUAGUCAAGUCUCUGGUCCUGCUGUUAAUGCUCCUAAGAUAGUUGUCACUUGUGUUUGAAUAGUAUGCUUAGGUUGGGGUGGUGAGUACUUUGCAUACUGCUCUUUGAUGCCUUGUAGCAGACACUGUCAAAGCUGGAGUUGGAAAGUUAGUGUUGCUGUGUUUGUCUGAUUGUGAAGAUGCUGCCUAUAAUCGUUGUACAGUAAAUUUAACCCACUGCAAUGGUUACUAUUCCCCUAUACUUGCUAAAGUUUUAAAACUAAUUUAAACUGUGUUUGACUGUUCUGAUUUUAUUUAUUCAUUUGUUGGUGGCCACUCAAGUCAUCGAUUCAACACUUUACUGUGCUGUAUGCUAUGCAAUGUUUUUAGCUCUGAGCUAAAAAGUUUAACGAUCAAAAUUGCUUGUCAUUUUAUACUCAUUUUAGCAUAUAACAAAACAUGCUUGAUGGUUUUUGCCCAUUGUGGUUUGUGAUGUCCUAUUUAAAGGGUAUAGCGAUAAUAAACAGAAAAGAAAAACAUUCAUGGUUUAUCUUACACUGAACAUGUUAGAGAAAUAUAAUCUUCACAGAGGUUGUAAUUCAUAAAAUAAUGACCUUUUUAUCUCAAAAAUAUGUUUUCUUGCCUUACCUGAGUCAGCACAGUCUUCUCUCAUAAUACUCAAUGAGAAAUCCUUUGGUACUGUGGAUCUGUUGCCCAGUUCUGUACUCUACUAGCAGCUGAGGUGUGACGAACUCAGUGGUUAUUAUAUAAGUAUAAUAUAUACUAUAUUAGUGGUUGUUUCGCAUGUCUUGUGUAAGUACACCUGUGGGAUGUUUGCAUUGUGCAUGUACAAAAUAUUAUUUGACCCAUCUUGUAUAAAUAAAGAGAAAGAAGAACUUGAAACAUGAAGUUUAACCAGCUUUCACACAUGAUCAAGUGUACCAAACUGCAUAUGGCUUUGCAUUCAGAAGAAAAAAGUAUUGAAACUCCCUACAUCACCUAACAAACCUUACAAGUAGUUUGGAUGGUGGUGGCAUCUACUUGUAAUUUUAGAGACUUGGUGAGCCCCCGAAUCCUGUGAUUGUCUAAAUGAUGAUUAGAGGCAGCUUUGCCUUUCAAACCUCCUGACUGUGUGUACAGUGGCAAAAUACACCUGCAUCCAUUUCAGGCAGCUUCAUCCAGAUCCCUAGUGUACAUGGGCAUUUGCAGGUGUGAAGCUAUUUUUAUAGACUUUGCCUUAUUUCUGAUGUUUUGCCUUAAUUUACCUGUGUAUUCUCCAACCUUCUCCAUGUUAUUGGAUGAGUAAAGAUGUUUGGUCAUA